AUGGGGCUUCUCUUCACUUUGUCUGCUUCUGCUACCAUUAUUCUCCUGGUAAUUCCCGGAGAUUCAUGUGUGGAUAUCAUUGGAGGGUAUGCAGUGACUCCACAUUCAAGACCAUAUAUGGCCCUAGUCAAAGGGAAAGACUAUUGUGGAGGAGCUUUGAUCAAAGAGAAUUGGGUGUUAACAGCAGCCCAUUGUAGAAUUGAUAGAAGAAGCACAGUUGUUCUUGGAGCUCAUUCACUUUCAAAGAAAGAGAAAGAAAAACAGAUUUUUAAGAUUGCAAGGCCAAUUAGCUUCCCAUGCUUUAAUAAUCAGACAAAAGAAAAUGACAUUAUGCUUCUGCAGCUUCAACAGAGAGCAAAAAUUAAUAAAGCUGUGAAAACCAUUAAGCUACCUAACACAGACACUGAUCCCAAACCAGGAACAAAGUGCCAAGUAGCAGGAUGGGGAAUAAUUAAGAAUCGAGACCGUAAACCUUCUGAUAUCCUGAGGGAAGUCAACAUCACCAUCAUCGACAGAAAAACCUGCAAUGAUCAGAAUCACUAUAAUUAUCAACCCAUGAUAACAAUGAACAUGGUGUGUGCUGGCGAUAAGAAUGGAGGAAAAGACUCAUGUGUUGGGGAUUCUGGUGGUCCUUUGAUAUGUAAUGGUGAAUUGAAAGGCAUCACCUCCUUUGGCAUGCCAAACAAGUGCGGUGUUGUUCAAGGCCCUGGUGUCUACGCACGUCUUACAAAGAUACAUCUUCUCUGGAUAAAGAAAACCAUAGGGGGUGACUUAUAG